AUGUGUAUCAUUUUUUUUCAAUUCAAUCCAUCACCAAAUGAAACUCCAUAUCAGCUUAUUCUAGCAGCAAAUCGAGAUGAGUUUCUUAAUCGACCUUCUAGACCUGCGCAACCGUUAGAAGGACAUCCAAAUGUAAUUUGUGGUCUCGAUUUGGAACCAACCAACCCAGGCGGUACAUGGAUUGGUGUCUCAAAAAAUGGACGGAUUGCUGCUAUAACGAAUACAUCACGGGCUACUCACGAUCCUAAACUGCAAAGCCGAGGGGAACUAGUUAUGAAGUUUUUAACAAGUGAAGUAUCACCUAAAGCUUACUUGGAAGAAAUCGCUCAAGUUGGUCAUAAAUAUAAUGGCUUUUUCUUAAUUACUAUUGCUUUAAGACAAGAUAAGAUCGAUGGAUACAUAUUCUGCAAUAAAGAUGACGAAGGAAUUCGACAUAUAUCUGAAGGUCUACAUGGGUUAUCCAAUUUUGCAUUUAAUUCUAAUCAAACGAAAAUUGUAUAUGGUAAAGAAUUGAUAGCUGAUGCCGUUAAAAAAUCGUCUUCCAAGGGCGAUCUAAUUUCUAGUCUCUUAACCGCUUUAAAAGACAAUAAAAGAAAUGUUCCAGAUCCUUUACAUUCCUACAUGUAUCCGGAGCUAUCAUCUAUUAACGUGAAAUUACCAACGUAUGGUACGCGAACUCACACCAUAAUUCUAGUUGAUCAUCAACAAAAUGUUACUUUUACUGAACAUACCAUGCAAUAUCCUAUAACCGAGAAUCCAAAAUGGAUCGAAAAUUGCUACGAAUUCAGGUUUCAAUAG